AGGCAAGGAGGACGAAAGCGAGCGAGAGACACACACAACAGUGACACCACCACAAGCAGCAAGGAGAGGCCGCCCGCAGAGCAGACCAUAGAGAGUGGAGAGCAGCCCGCAGCAGCAGCAGCAAGGCUGAGCCGCCGCCGCCAGCUGAGAGCUAGUAGAGCAUCCGCCAGUCCCAGUGGCGGCAGCAGCUAGCGACAAGGCUGAGUGAAUCCGAGAGAGGAGCGCAGCGCGCGCCGCAGCCGCCGUGGCUGCCGUCGCAGGCGCCGCCGCCGCCGCCACGGUUUGUGAGAGGCGCUCGACUUGUAUUCACGAGGAGGGCGGCGACGACCCCCGCGCGGCAAAGGAGCUGAACACUGGCCCCGCCCUGUGAUUGAUGGCUGCUGCCCGUGCCCCGGCGGCGGAGAGGGGAGGCGUCGUAGGUGCUCCGGAGGCGGUGGCGUGGAGGGGCGGCGGUCUCCGCGCGAAGCAGGCCGGUCGCGCCAGCUGCCGCGGCGCCUAGAGCGAGCGCCUGGACGCGGUCUCUCUCGCAGCUAGGGUUUUGGCGCGGAGGGGCGCCGGGGUUCUUCUCGUUCUAGCGGAGGUGCUGGAGGAGGAAGGGGGGAAAAGGAGAUGGCGGUCGGGGACGCGCUGCGACGGCUGUGCGAGGAGAUCGGCUGGUCCUACGCCGUCUUCUGGAAGGCCAUCGGCGCCGCCGACCCCGUGCAUUUGGUUCGGGAGGACGGCUACUGUGGCCACACGUCAUGCCCUGUCGGAUCUGAGCCUUCUGAAUCUCUGCCCAGCGACGCCGCCGGGUGCUCUGCUCCUGCUGCUGACACCAUCUGCUCGCUUGUUAACAACGUUAUGGCGUCGCAGGUUCAUGUCGUCGGACAAGGGACCGUAGGCCGUGCCGCGUUCAGUGGCAAUCACCAAUGGAUCGUCCACGGUACUGCCAAUGGUCACGGGCUCUCCUCCGAGGUUGCUGCUGAGAUGAACAAUCAGUUAAGAGUUGGCAUUCAGACUAUUGCGAUCAUUCCUGUCCUGCCACGGGGUGUCCUACAAUUAGGAUCUACUGGUUUGGUUAUGGAAAACACAAAUUUUGUGAUGUUUGCAAAGAAGUUGUGUUCUCAGCUAAACAACCGUUCAAGCAUGGCUGUAUCUGCUUCAGCUAAGAACGGUUCAAGUCAGCAUGGUCAGUCGCGUCCUGAUACUGCAACUGUGUCAACUAGCACACCGCCACAUGCAUUGCUGAAUGCAUCUUUGCUUAAGGUUGUGCAACAGAAUGGUCACCCUGUUAGAGAGCACACUGUCUAUGCUAAGCCUGAUCUUCGGUUUCUACAACAAGCAUCCUUCUGCGAGAGCCAAUUUGGAAGAAAUUUAUGGAGUGUUGGUAUGAACUCAAGUUUGACCUCCCCAAGCUUGACAUCAGUUAAAAAUCAUUCACUCUUGAUGAACAACAUUGGGCAGUUACAGUUGAAUAAUAAUGCACAUUCAUCAGCAGAUUUAGCAAUGGCAAGAGAUAUAAUAUUAAAAUCCCUUGUGCGCCAGGACUCUUCUGUCUGUGAAAAUACAAACAUGAAUAUGCACCAUGGAAGAUAUGUGGUAUCCAAUGAUAUAAAUGGUCCUGGGAAUUUUGAUUUUCUCCCUGUAGGUGCCAGAGCAAGCAGAGCCAACUUAUCUACCAGUGUAUCGAGUCAAAUAUUGGAUCACGCAUCAGGAACAUUGCAGCAAAAACAGUCUCUAGUUCCGUUCAAGGUUCCCCAAUCUUCUGAAUUGGCUAAGAAAAUGGAGAGCCCUGAAAGUAGGCCAUUUCAAACUCCUUCAGUUCGAACUUCUGAAUCUGAUGGUCAGGUUUCUAACAGUUUCAACAUGGAUCAAGAGAAUCUAUUGAGUAGGUCAAACAAUGUCCGACAAGACCAAAAGAUUAAUAGAUUUAGUGAUCCAAGUGCUAAUGUCAGCACACAGAGAAUGAAGAACAGGGAUGGAUGUGAGGCAGGAAUGCCUGUUGAGAGAGCUUCCUCGUUGCUCGUGGAGCCUGCUGCAGAUAAUGACUUGUUUGAUAUGUUUGGUUCUGAAUUUCAUCAGUUCUCCCACAAUGUUGGUGCUGAUUUGGUCACCUGGAGCGGUACAGAGUCUCAGAAUUCAGAUAGAGAUGUCCCUGAAUCAUCAAUAUAUCUCAAUAGCUCACCCCUUUUCAGUUCACUAGACAAUGAGCUUCACUAUUCUGGUAUCUUAUCACUAACUGAUACUGAUCAGCUAUUGGAUGCUGUCAUCUCAAAUGUCAAUCCAAGUGGUAAACAGUGUACUGAUGAUAGUGCUUCUUGCAAGACUGCAUUGACGGAUGUUCCUAGCACAUCUCAUCUUGGUUCAGUAGACUUGAAGAGAUGUGAGUCCUCCGGCAUGCCUUCCAUGCUAAUUAAGCACGAAUUGGCACAGUUUGUUAAACAGCCAUGUCUCUUUGAUAAAUCUGAGGAGGCCUGUCUUUCCCAAAAUAAUGGAAUGCACAAAUCUCAGAUACGUCUUUGGAUUGAGAGCGGUCAGAACAUGAAAUGUGAAAGUGCUUCAGCUUCUAAUAGCAAAGGUCUUGAUACACCAAGCAAGGCAAAUCGCAAGAGAUCUCGACAAGGAGAAAGUCCUAAGCCACGGCCUAAGGACCGGCAACUGAUACAGGACCGUAUUAAAGAGCUACGUGAGCUUGUACCGAAUGGGGCAAAGUGUAGCAUUGAUGGUUUGUUGGAGAAGACAGUUAAGCACAUGCUUUUCUUACAAAGUGUGACGAAGAAUGCAGACAAGCUCAAGGACUCUACUGAGUCUAAGAUACUUGGUAGUGAAAAUGGCCCCCUUUGGAAAGACUACUUUGAAGGUGGGGCAACCUGGGCUUUUGAUGUCGGCUCUCAGUCUAUGACAUGUCCAAUCAUUGUUGAGGAUCUUGACCGACCUCGUCAGAUGCUUGUGGAGAUGCUUUGCGAAGAUAGAGGAAUCUUCUUGGAGAUAGCUGAUUUCAUCAAAGGACUUGGAUUGACUAUCUUGAGGGGUGUGAUGGAAAUGCGCAAAAGUAAAAUCUGGGCAAGAUUUACUGUUGAGGCGAACCGGGACGUAACCAGAAUGGAAAUCUUUCUAUCACUUGUGCGCUUGUUAGAGCCAAAUUGUGACGGCAGUGGAGCUGCAGAGAACGCUAACAACAUGAACAUGCCUCUUGGUUUGGUGCGCCAACCUGUCAUCCCAGCAACAGGCCGCAUCCAAUGAGACUAUAGAGCAAACCCUCAAGCAUCUUCCAAGUGCUAAGAGCAGGAGCUCAGCUAACUUCUGCCAUGACUAGCAUCACCAAUAUGCCAGGCACCACCAGCUUUCCUGAAACAUCUUAAUCUGUGCAAAUGUGGCAUCCUUCACGAGACCAGAUCGCCGAAAUGGAAGACGGAAAAGAAGGCAAGAGUGAUCAUUAGGCAGUGUUUUGUUUGUAUGAUCUUAGUUUGUUUGUUAGUUAGUCAUGUUUGGUCAUAUAUUAGUGGAUUUUUUGUACUGUUAUUCAGAAUGGAAAUUCUUGGGUUGGUUUAUUUCACACAACAAAAAGAUGGAAUACCACCUCUGUUAUAAGUCUCCUCACAUCAGAGUAUCAGACUCAGUUAAGUAUGACUAGUGAAAACCUAUCUGAGCUGAAUGGUCUGCAAAUGCUGAAUGGCUGCUGAACAUAUCAGGAGAAGGCACUAUUAUAGGACACUCCUUGGCAAUCUUAACAGCCUGGUCCAUUUGGAAGCAAAGAAAAGACAAAAUUUUCAAGAGAAACGAAAAAUCUGUGGUUGAUCCUUCUCUCUGAAAUCAUCGAUGAGGCUUACUUGGGGAAAUCGGUAGAGGCAGAAGUUUUUGUUUUCCUAGUUUUCAUUGUACACAAAUAAGUAAUCCACUUUAGUCAUCAUCCAGAGUUCCAGACCCAGCAGUCUUCUGGUUCUGGUGCUUGUAGGUGCAUCUUGCGCAUGUAACUCUUCUCCUAUCUUAUUAUAUAAGGCAGUAAUCAUCCCUUA